AUGAAGGCAACGUUCGCGAGGCAUGGUAUUCCGGACACUUUGAUAUCGGACAACGGUCCUCAAUAUGAUUCAGACGCGUUCAAAGCAUUCACAAACGACUACGCUUUUGAACACAGAACGUCAAGUCCUCGCUAUCCACAAGCAAGUGGAGAAGCGGAACGAGCUGUACAGAUCGCCAAAGCCUUGAUCAAAAAGAAUCCAGAGGAUUACCAUAAAGCACUCCUUAAUUACAGAGCGACUAAGCUAGCGAAUGGAUAUAGUCCAUCAGAGUUACCAAUGGGGCGAAGUUUAAAGACGUCACUGCCUACCAGUGAGAGCCUAUUAAUUCCACGAUGGCCUCAGCCUGAAAUCAUACAACAAAAAGAAAGACUGAGCAGGACGAAGCAAAAGCUUAACUACGACCAUCGUCAUAGAGCCCGACCACUCAGCACGCUGGCUGAAGGUGAUCAGGUGUUCAUACGCGACCAGCAGAAACGCGGGACAAUCGCGAAAGCGGCAGACACACCCCGCUCAUACGUUAUUGAGACUGGGAGCACCAAAGUCCGUAGAAACCAGAGACUUAUUGCCGACUAG